GUCGCAAGAUGGCGGCACAGGUACAAGAUAAACGUCAAAGUUUAUUUUUACAAACUUUAUUUUGUGGGGAAUUUUAUUAAUUAUUAUGUUUUAUUGGUCGUUUUAGCUUCCAAUUUAGUCCUAAAUACUGAUAAUUCGAGAAAAAAUCGUCUCAUUUACACCAAACGGGAAAAAAAUGCAAAAGAAACAAACUCUAAAAUUCUAACCUAACAAAUCUCUUCAUCACCAAUCGAUUUCAUCGGGGACCCCACCAGGAUAAUUUCCAGUCAAGCACGCCGUGCAGUGCCCAAUAUCCGGGGAGGAAUCCUUUAUGUCUUGCUGGACCGCCUUAACAAGCCCAUCAACGCUUAAAUAAUGCAAACUAUCCGCCCCUAAAACACCAGGUUAUGCGUCAAAAUUGGGUUUAAAUCGAAAAAUGUCGCAUUUAAAAGGUGGAAAAGUGGACGUUUCGUUAAUACAUUCCUUAGCGGGGGCUAAUUUAAUAUCGUUAAUUGAGAAACAUUCCGGAUCGAAAGCUUUGGUAUGGGACACCCAACUUCAAGGUCCGGCGGGUUUGAUUGCAAAAUACACCGUUUUAAAAGAGUAUGGGGUGGAAAAGAUGUACCCCAUUGAAAACCCGCCUCUACCAAAUUGCGUGGCUAAACAUAUAAUUUUUAUUUGUCGCCCGAAAUUGGAGUUAAUGGAACAUAUCGCUUUGAGUAUUAAAAUUGAUUUGCAAAAUAACCGGGUUGGGAUGGAUCGAAAUUACCAUUUAAUUUUUGCCCCAAGAAGGAGUUUAUUGUGUCUUAAUAAGCUUGAGCAUUGUGGAAUUAAAGGGAGUUUAAAAACGAUUGAGGAAUUUUGUUGUUAUUUCUUUCCAUUCGAUUCUGAUUUGUUAUCAAUGGAGAUCCCCGACGCUUUUCGGGAAUACAACCUAGAAAAUGAUCCAACAAGUCUUUACCACGUAGCGCGCUCGAUAAUUUUCCUCCAAUCGAAAUUUGGCCCAAUUGGAAGAGUUUGGGGUAAAGGCCCGGCUUCAAAACAAGUCCAUGAUUUACUAUUAAAGCUCCAAAAAGAAGAUUUUCAAUUCGAACGUGGUAGUUGCAUCGACCAAAUGAUUCUAAUCGAUCGUUCGGUUGAUUUGAUAUCAACAUUGGCUACUCAAUUAACUUACGAGGGGUUAAUUGACGAAGUUUUUGGGUUAAACGGAAAUGCGGUUACAAUUCCGGCCGAUAAAUUAAUGAGUAACGAUGAGAGACACAUGGAGUCUUUGCAAGAAGAUAAAAAGACGUUAAUUUUGGAUUCCGGGGAUCCCCUUUACGCCGAUUUGAGGGAUAAAAAUUUUAACGGGGUCGGUCCGUAUUUAUCGAAACGCGCCAAAUUAAUUAGCGCGCAAUUAGAGGAUCGCCACGAGAAAAGCGUCCCGGAAAUGAAGUUGUUCGUGCAACGAUUACCCGCGAUUUUAGCCAAUAAAAAAUCGUUAUCGCAACACACCGCGAUUGCGGAAUGUAUCAAAGAGGUUACCGAUACUUACGAAUUUUUAGAUGGGUUACAAGUCGAGCAAGAAUUUUUGAAUUGCAUGCAAUCGGAUAAGGCGCAUCCUUUCAUCGAGGAUAUGAUCUCGCAGAAAAAGCCGUUAAUAAAAGUGUUACGAUUGAUUUGUUUACAAUGUUUAACAAGCUCUGGGCUAAAAUCGAGACUUUUAGACUAUUACAAACGCGAAAUCGUGCAAGUUUAUGGGUUAGAAGUGUUACCCGCGUUGAUUAACCUCGAAAAAGUUGGGUUAUUAAAAGUUCAAUCCGGAACUAGGCAAUAUACGGUUCUUCGAAAAGGCUUACAAUUAACAGUUGAGGAUACAUCAGAAGUUAAUCCAACAGAUAUAAGCUACGUUCAUUGUAUUUAUGCACCUUUAAGUGUGCGAUUAGUGGAGCAUUUAACGAAAAAUGGGGGGUGGAAACAACUACAAGAUUAUUUGGGGCUCCUUCCCGGCCCCACCUUAGAGUAUUUAUCAGGAAACCCUUUAAACAACAACAACUCAACGAAAGUCGUUUUAAUCUUCUUUAUAGGCGGGUGCACCUUCGCCGAGAUAUCCGCUUUAAGGUUUAUUUCGAAACAAGAAGACUCGAACGUUGAAUUUGUAAUCGCAACUACGAAAUUAAUUAAUGGAAACACCUUUUUAAAUUCUUUAAUGUAAAAAAAUUAAAAAUUUUUUGAGGUUAUGUUAAUUAACAUUAAGAUUUAACCAAUUUAACCUCGUCUAGUGGUAUAUAUGAUUUGUAUCGACUUUUUUUGAUGAUUAUUAUUAAUUAUAAUCUUAAUCACGGUCAUAAAUGAGUCCUUUUUUGAUGUGGUGGUGAAAAAUGAGGUAAAUUUAUUUUUUGAGGUUAUGUUUCGAAAAUUACUUUUGUUGUAGAUAUCCGAUUUAAGGUUUAUUUCGAAAUAAGAAGACUCGAACGUUGAAUUUGUAAUCGCAACUACGAAAUUAAUUAAUGGAAACACCUUUUUAAAUUCUUUGAUGUAAGAAAAUUAAAAAAAAAAUGAGGUUAUGUUAAUUAAUUUUAAGAUUUAACCUUGUCUAGUCGUAUAUAUGAUUUGUAUCUACUUUUUUUUGGAGAAUAUUAUUAAUUAUAAUCUUAAUUACGCUCAUAAAUAAGUCCUUUUUAAUGUGGUGAAAAAUAAGGUAAAUUUAUUCUUUAAAGUUAUGUUUUGAAAAUUAUUUUUGUUGUAGAUAUCGGAUUUAAGGUUUAUUUCAAAACGAGAAGAUUCGAACGUUGAAUUUGUAAUCGCAACUACUAAAUUAAUUAAUGGAAACACCUUUUAAAUUCUUUAAUGUAAGAAAAUUAAAAAAAAAUUGAGGUUAUGUUAAUUAAUUUUAAGAUUUAACCAAUUUAACCUCGUCUAGUGGUAUAUAUGAUUUGUAUCGACUUUUUUUGAUGAUUAUUAUUAAUUAUAAUCUUAAUUACGAUCAUAAA